AGUGUUCGACCGGCCCCCGCGAGCGGCGCGCGUACCGUGUGCCAGCAACAAGCGUCGAAAUAAAAAGUACAUGAAAUGUCAUUUCUAAAAUUCGAAUUUCAAAAGUGACGUUUACAUUUUUUUAUUACACAGUGGCAGUGUCAGUGACGUGGUUUUAAUGCUCAUGUGAUUUAUAGCGGUAACUCAGCAAGGAGGUUUUAUAAAAAGAUAAUAUAAUCUACCUAAAGCUUAAAUCACAAAUCUAACAAAGCCUUUAAAAUUCUAGCAGUAAACUGAUUACAUAAAUUAAACAUGCAGUGUGGUGAACAUUAGAGUGAAGUGAGCUAUGAGCUAGACGCCAUGUACCGUCCGAAUUUCUACGAAAGCACCUGCUUUCGGUGCAACGAGAUCGUGUACCAAGUGGACAGGGUCGGCCCUUUGAAGGACUUUACCUUCUUCCAUAGUGGCUGCUUCAAGUGCGCGGUUUGUGGGACUAAGCUGACUUUGAAGACAUAUUACAACAACCAGCACUGGACGGAAGACAAAGAAGUGUACUGUUCCAGUCAUGUGCCAAAGAUCGGGCCGGGGCACCUCGAUAACUCCUCCGUGGGCAUUCGAAGUGCCCUCAAUGUGCCCAAGAGCAAUAACUAUGUGAAUGAACAGAUACGGGGACACGCUAGGAACAGUCAUGAGACAGAAUUAUCCCCAACCCGCGCAACGAACGGCGGCAGCGUGCACGCUUCGCCCGCUCGCGAGCUUUCCCGCGACACGCCCGACUACCAGUACGGGCGGUUCGACGCGAGCGCGCUGCACAUUGCGCAUGCGCUCAAACAGACGGAGCUGCAGAAGGCCUACCACAGGCCGAGGGAGAAACCGAUUGAUUGUUAUUUGGAUCGCGAUGAACAAACCAAACUCGAGAUGAAGCAUCGGCAGGAAGAAGAUGAUUUGUACAGAAAAUUCUCGAAACACAGAGAAGAAGAAAACAGGCGGAUACGGGAAGAAAUACAGGAUGAAUGGGAAAGAGAGUUAGAAAGGUUAACAAACAGAUUUCAGCAAGAGAUGCAAAUAAAAAAGAGAAGACCAGACUCAGAGAUCGGUGCGUUAACGUUACGGCAUCAGCAGGAAAGAGCUGAUCUAGAGAAGAAUAUGACUUUAAGAAGAGAUAAGAAGAAAGAGAGCUUGACGCGGAAAAUGUUGGAACAUGAAAGGGCAGCAACAGCAGCUUUAGUAGAGAAGCAGAGUCAUGAAAUGAUGGAGCUGAUCCAAGAGCGAAGGUCUGAAUACAUGGCGGCGUCUUCCCUGUACCUGGAUGGGGAAGAAGCUCCCCCCUACCCCGCGAGGGCACCUCCCCCGCAACCGCCUUUAGUUUCUAAGUUCCACAUAUACACCGAUCCUGCGGAAUUCUCUGAGAUCGACAAAAUCGCUAUUUCGGUGGCGCAAGAAGACCAAAAGACAUUCACAGAUCUAGUCCGACAACUAGUAGGGAGAUGUGCGACAGACGUAGAGAAGGCCAGAACCAUCUUCCGCUGGAUAACUGUGAAGAAUCUCAACAAUAUCCAAUUCGAUGACAACUUGCGAGGUGACUCACCACUCGGGCUGCUACGGGGCAUUAAACACGGCACUGAAAGUUACCAUGUGUUAUUCAAAAGAUUAUGCAGUUACGCCGGUCUCCACUGUGUAGUGAUCAAGGGUUACAGCAAGUCAGCGGGCUACCAGCCCGGCGUGCGGUUUGAAGACAACCGCUUCCGAAACUCCUGGAAUGCGGUGUACGUAGCUGGUGCCUGGCGCUUCGUGCAGUGUAACUGGGGCGCGAGACAUUUGGUCAACGCUAAAGAUGCUCCUAAACCUGGGAACAGGGGCAAGAGCGAUAGUUUGAGAUACGAAUACGACGACCACUACUUCCUCACCGACCCACGCGAGUUCAUCUACGAGUUCUUCCCGCUAGCAGCCGACUGGCAACUGCUCAAGACGCCGGUGACACUUCACGACUUCGAGGAGCUGCCGUUCGUGCGCUCGCUGUUCUUCCGAUAUGGGCUGUACUUCAGCGACCCGAAUACUAAGGCGGUGAUGUUCACUGAUUCUACAGGUGCGGCGACUAUGCGCAUAGCCAUGCCUGCACACAUGCAGAGCUCGCUCAUCUUCCACUACAACCUCAAGUUCUACGACACGGAGGGGGACGGCUUCGACGGCGUCAGUCUCAAGCGGUUUGUUAUGCAGUCGGUAGUCGGCAACGUGGUUUCCUUCCGCGUGCACGCACCAUGUUCAGGCGCGUUCCUGCUCGACAUAUUCGCGAAUGCGGUGACGCCGCGAGAAUACCUCACCGGGGAGCCCAUGAAGUUCAAGAGCGUUUGCAAGUUUAAGAUUUGUUGUGCUGAGCUGCAAACAGUGAUGGUGCCGCUACCGGACUGUGCGAGCGGCGAGUGGGGACCCACAAAAGCAACUAGACUUUUUGGUCUUGUGCCAAUCACACACCAGGAAGCGCUAGUAUUCGCGGGAAGGGAGCUAGAGAUCCAAUUCCGCAUGUCGCGCCCUCUAGCGGACUUCAUGGCGACGCUACACAAAAAUGGCGUCGACGAGAAACGGCUGUCGAAGUAUGUGCAACAGAACGUGUCGGAUGAUAUCGUGUCGUUCUAUAUUACGUUCCCGGAGGAAGGACAAUACGGGUUAGACAUUUACACUCGAGAGAGAAACGGACCAACGGCGAUACACCAAAACGGAUCGACUGAGAAGGAAAAACAUCUACUUACACAUUGCUGUAAAUACCUAAUAAACAGUAGCAAACGGAAUUAAAUAAGUAAUAACUACCUAAUAUGUAUUUAAAUAAAACUUGUCUAGGGAUUAUAUUUUCAGACCCCAGAUGUUAUCUUAUACUAGAUAUUACAAGACUAUAGCUUGGCUUGGUCUAACUUUAUUAAAUUGUAAUUGAUUAAAAUUACUACUAAGAUAACAGUUAUAAUAUUGGUAUCUUACUUCAAUAAAGCAGCAAUACAUGACUAUAAUUUGUAGAUAAUUUUGAAUGAUACAGAAUCUCAUUAGCAGAAUCUCCUUAUUCAAAAAAGUCCCAAGAUGACAGUUUAAUAUAGUUAAAUAUAUAAAAUAUAUUGAUUUCCUUCUGGGUAUGUCAAUAAGAAUUUCGUAUGAAGAUCUUUUUCCAUCAAAUGAAAUGUAAUGUGGUUUUUUUAUUCUAUUAACGUGGUCGUUUUACUGUAAAUACCUCAGUAUCUUUUAUUACCAGACAGAAAAAAAUAAAAAUACUUUUUAGUACCUAGUGGUAUCAUUAUUACUUAAACUUAUGUAACUACUUAAAAAUAAAUAAUAUAGAAUAUUUAUAUAAUACCAGUUUCUAAUUUGACGCUGUAGAAAUUGCAAUAAUAUAUUUUAAGAUGCUUUGGAAUAUAAAAAAGUUACAUUAAGGCCGCUUGUCCACCUGCCGUCUGUCCGACAGCAACUUGCAAGUCUAAUUCCGCGUUUCCACAUGCAAGUAGACUUGCAAGUUGCUGUCAGACAGACUGUCGGACAUUUCUCGCGGAAGUUUUCUUGCAGGUGGAAACGCGGCCUAAGACAGCGUUUUAAUGAUAGAUAUAGAUAAUUAAUAUAUAAGAAGAUAUAUCCAAAUGUAGAUAAUAAAUAUAUUUAAAUGAAACAAUACGUCCGUAAGAGAUUCAUUUAUUGCAUAUGCAUUAACACUAUUAUUUACAUAAAUCCUUGUAAAUUAUAUCACUAUAAGUACUCUGGGUUGUGCUCUAGCAAUCUAAUUGCUGAAUUAACAUAAGUCUAUUCCCUUACCUUCGUCAAUGUUUAAACUAAUCAAUGUUUUAUCUCACUCCCUCAUUUGUCAAAUUAUUUAAGAGUGAAAGAGACAAACGUUGAUUAGGUUAAGCAUUGAACAAAAUUUAAAUAAGUUUUUGAUGCGAAAAUUCGAUGAAUAUAUUAAUAUUAUAAUUAGAUAAAGGGUCUUACUGUGCGAGAUUAAAAUUAAGAGCUUAAGAUGUGAGUAUGUUAACUUGAUAAGUACUUUAUGUUUGUUAAAAUAAGUUCAUUUAGAUUGUAAUAAACAUAUACUGUGUUACGUAUAAUUUUCACGGCAAUUUUUAAUUUAAUUUAAUUUUUCCAUAAUUCUGGAAAUCUUGGUAUUAUAAAUUGUUAAAGUUAAGUACUUAUCACAUUAAAUUAUAAAUGUGCUAAUCGCGUAAAUAGGUCGCUAAUAUAACAAUAACGCACUACGCACACAUAUAAUAUAAUAACGCACACACCCAAACAUACUUUAAGGUUGACAAUACGCUUAGCCUAAUUAAUGUAAAGAUUUAAACAUCUACAUAACUUAUACUUAUUUUUAUAUAAUAUUACACGGCGGUAUUUAAAGUGUUUUUUUAUAAAAAUAUAUGGCAUGUUACUUUUCUAAA